AUGCCUGGUGCCAACUGUGUGUUUCCGAACUGUGGAACAAACAGACGAGAAAAAUAUGAUGGAGUUGGAAUAUUUCGAAUCUCACAACGAAAAUCUCCAUUAUAUUCUGCUUGGCGCGAAGAAGUUAUCAGUAUUAUCAAGAAGUAUCGAGUGGUCGAUGAAACCUUUAAGCGACAAAUCGAGGCCUGGAAUAUCAGUAUAUGCGAAAGGCACUAUAAACAAGACGAUAUUGAAUUUACAAGUAAGCUAAUCCACGUAUUAUAUUACAGUAACUAGUAAGGUUUCAACACUCAAACAAUAUACUCAAAAUACCUUAAAGGUGUGAAGUGUCAUAUCACAGAUACAGGUCACAUGCGUGUCAAAUCACCACUAAACUUUUUUGGCUUCCAAGGAUAUAAAACUAGUACAUAUGCUGUAGCUUCAUUAUUAAUUCAGUUCAAUAUGAAAUUUAUAAAACACUUUUCCAGCAUUGUCAAAAUGGCUUAUUGCAUUUUUAAACCACACACCCCCUAUGGAGGAUACUGGAAUUUCCAGGCCCCCCUUCCUAAAAUUCAACAAAAAAGGACGGAAUUUCCAAGGGAGGGUCUAAAUUUUAAAGAAAAUCUGUGGAAAUUCCACGGGGUAGGUUAAAAAAACAACAUGGAAAUUCCAAGGGAUGGUUACCUAUUAAACAAAAAAUGUGGAAAUUCCAGAGACUAGGUCAAAACCAUUGGUGGAAUUUCCAAGGGAUGAGUAGAAAUUGGUUAAAAAUCUGUGGAAAUUCCAUGGGGUAGGCUGGAAAUUUGUAAAUAAUCGCGGAAUUCCAGGGGGUAGGGCGGAAAUUCAUCAACAUCUGCGGAAUUCCAGGGGAGGGGGUCCAAAAAAUGAAUGUCCUCCAUAGGGGGGGUGUGGAUUAAAAAUGCAAUAAGCCAAUAGCCUUUUUAUGGAUCAUGAAGGUCAUCAUGUUGAGUGUCUUUCACUUAUCUUACAGAUAAAAGUUGAUUUUUUAUCAUUUAUUCUUCCAGGUAAAGGAAGAAAAGCAUUAGUAGUAGGUGCUCUUCCAACUAUUAAUCUGCCUGAAAGAUCACAUCAAGCAAAGCUAGCUCCAGCAAGACGACCUCUUACUAUUGUUAAUCAGAAUGCUCAAAAUACCACAGAAAAGGAUUGUUACAAGAAUUUUAAGGAGUUAUGUGAAAGAACUAAGAAAUUAAAGCUUCCAGAAUGGCAACAAGAAUGUACUAGUGAGAAAUUGGUUCUAAAACUAUUUGUGUCCCCAUUAUUAAUUCCAAAGUUUGAGAUUAUUAUAGAAGAAAAUUUCCACUUCACUUGUGUUGUUUAUGGAUGGGUACUGGCCAGCAAUCAUUCUGUGUAUGGUGGCAAUAAAAGAUCUUUGAAGAAUAUAACUGUAUCUGAACUGUUGCAGAAACUUACACACUACUGCCUUUGUCAUGGUAUCUCAGAGCAGACAGCAGGGUCUGUGCAUCAUGCUAUUCCUUGUCGCACCAAUAUUGAUCAGGAAAUUCAAGAAUCUGCAAUCCCUAUGGAAACAGUAAUGUACCAUAGACCAAAAGAAUGCCUUGUCUUGUAUGCAAGCAGAACUGACACUACAAAAUGUACCAACUGUUUAAGCUUUGAAAAAAAACUUACAAAACAGAAAACAAUAAAAAGCAGAAAACUGAAUGUUGCAGCAAAAGCAAAUGCUCCUGUUUCCACCACUCACCCUCAUCGUCUGAAAUUAGCCCUACAGCAGCAGCGGCUAAAGUGUACACAGCUCGAGGGGGAAUUGACCAAAAUGAGGCAAGCUAUCCAAAAAUCUGGUGUGGUGCUGCAAUCAGAAUUUUCCCAAGAUGUUCGAUCUCUUAUGAGUGGUAACAAAGAAAAACUCACUCCAUUUAUGAAGUUAUUCUGGCAACAACAGCAAGAAGCAUUUACCAAGAGUCCAAAUGCAAUCAGAUAUCAUCCAAUGAUCAUACGGUUCUGCCUGUCAUUGGCUGCCAAAUCCGCCUCAGCGUAUGAGGAACUGAGAAAUUCAAAGGUGCUUACAUUACCUAGUAGGAGGACAUUGCGGGACUAUCGAAAUGUCAUUACACCAUCCAUUGGAUUUAAUCCUGCUCUGGUACAGGAACUUUGUCAAACAACUAAAUCCCUGACAGGUAUCCAGAGGUUUGUUGUUUUGGCUUUUGAUGAAAUGAAAGUGCAAUCUAAACUAGUAUUUAAUAAGAACACUGGAGAUUUAGUUGGAUUUUUAGACUUAGGAGAUCCAGAUAUCAACUUCACAGCCUUUGAUGAUGCUGAAGAAUUAGCAAGCCAUGCAUUAGUCUUUUACAUUUGGGGAAUUGCCAGUGAUCUGAAAUUCAACCUUGCAUAUUUUGCAACUGGGAGCCUUAAGUCCUACCAGCUCAUGCCAUUAUUUUGGAAAGCAGUUGCAAUCCUAGAACUUACAUGUAGCCUACCUGUGAUUGUCGCAGCAUCCGAUGGUGCCUCUGCCAAUCGCAAGUUUUACCGUAUGCAUGCAGCAAUGGACAAAAAUGCAGGGAAAUCGGUUGUUUAUCGUACUGUGAAUGUGUAUGCUCCUGACCGAUUUAUAUGGUUGUUUGCAGACGCUCCUCACUUAAUGAAAACUGCUCGCAACUGCCUGUACCACUCUAGCACUGGAAAGUCCACAAGAUGCAUGUGGAAUGAUGGCAAGUAUCUUCUCUGGCAGCAUAUCUGCACAAUUGUUAAUGAUGAUGCUGAAAAUGGACUUAAACUUUGCCCAAAGCUCUCAUGUGAGCACACUCGGUUGACUUCCUAUUCAGUAAUGAAUGUUCGUCUGGCUGCCCAAGUCCUGAGUGAAACCACAGGAAAAAUUCUGAAAGAAUACCACUCCCCCGAUAUGCAUGGUACUGCUGAAUUUUGUUUGCAACUUGAUAAAUUCUUUGACUGUUUAAAUGUCCGUAGCAGAGAAGAGGGAAAUUUCAAGCGUAAAGAUGCACUUAAGCCAUACACUUCGCAUGAUGAUGAAAGGCUGAAAUGGCUUGAGAAUACUUUUCUAAAGUACUUAGCAGACUGGAAAAAGAGCACUGAAGACAGACCAGGUAAUUUCAGCCCUACUGACAGACAGAAAAUGUUUCUGUCAUUGCAGACUUAUGAAGGUUUGCAGAUGACAGUUUACUCUGUGAUCGAGGUUACUAAGUUUCUACUUAGUAAAGGGAUGACCUUUGUUCUAACAAAUCGCUUCAACCAGGAUGUUGUAGAAGAAUAUUUUGGACGGCAACGCAGCUUAGGCCGCCGCAGUGAUAACCCAAACAUUUGGCAAUUCGGGUUUAAUGAUAACAUAAUACGCACUCAGAGAUCUGUAGCCCCAGUCACUGGGAAUACAGAAGGAAGACAUGAUAAGAAGAGAAAGGUUUCAUGGACAGAUGUUGAUGAAACUCCUUUGAAAAGAAGGCAAAAAAACAAAUCAGUUUAGGAGUGCAUGAUAUAUUGCAAACUAUUAUGUAAAUAAAAUUGUGUUUCCAAUUCAUUUCCAUAGGGUCAAAUUACUUUGGGUGUCCCUAUUCACUCCCUUCUAUAGUAUCAUAGAACUAAAGGUACUUUGGGUUAGUUUUGUUUAUUUUAACAAUAUAACAAUACAUAUAAUUUGGGUAGACAUACAUUGUAUUUAGUUCAAUAUUUAGUGGGUUUCUGCAUUGUUCUCAGACCUUUUCUUAAUGUCUUUGCGCAGGGCUUUAUUUUUGCAUGCUUGCAGUUUGGUUUUAUCCUUUACAUAUGAAAAUGCCCUAACUCGCAAGAAAAGUUUAAUAAUUUUGUCAAGCAGACAAAAUCUAGUUUCUUUGGAGAUGGUAGUUGUAAAUCCAUGUGUCAUACUAUCAUAGGCACUAACCAUGUCAAUUCGUUGAAGAAGGGCCUCGGAAAUUUUGCUGCUAUCAAUUUUUGUUACAUGAACUGCACUGGUUUCUUUGCGGAAUUCUUCUUCCACAAUUUUGAAUACCUGGAGACACUCAGCUGUGACAGCCCAGAGACCACCCCUUGUCUGACAACUUAUCAGUUUCUGAGAUGAAACAUCAUCACUCUUUGCAGCAUAUAGCAAAGUCAAUAAAUCUUGUGCAUUAGUUGAUCUCCAAUUUGUGAAUUUGUGGAUCUUUCUUACCAAAGAAUGAAUGACAUAUCCAGAUAAAUACUGAAGUGCUUGCAUGUCUCUUUCAGUUACAGGUUUAAUAACAAUUUUAUAUUCUGCUGGCCUGCUGUAAUGGGCUAGUAUCUUGUCUCCAAGCCGUGUUGCAAGGAGCGUGCACAUAGGAAAAUCCAAGGAAUUAAAAUACUUUUUCGCAUCCAUGACAAUUAACUGAUAAAACUGUGAAUAAAAUUUUGCUGCAUCUGAAUUUGAACACAGUGAACUGUACAGUUUCUGAAUUUCAUUG